AUGAAGUUUGGACGCAACCUGCCCCGCAAUCAGGUCCCCGAGUGGGCUUCCUCCUAUAUCAACUACAAAGCACUGAAGAAGCUGAUCAAAGCAUCGGCCGAGGGCCUGAAGCAGGACGGGAACCUCGACCUUGCUGGGUUCUUCUAUUCCUUGGACCGAAACCUCGAAGACGUGGACCAUUUCUACAACAAGAAAUACCAGGACUUCUCCAGGCGUCUCAAGCUCCUUGAGGACCGAUAUUCGCCCUCUCUGCAGGCCGCCGCUCAACUCGAAGAAGAUGAACGUGAAGACCUCCUUGCGGCCUUGCUGGAACUGCGAGCCCAACUGCGCAACCUGCAAUGGUAUGGCGAGGUCAAUAGGAGGGGCUUCAUCAAGAUCACGAAAAAGUUGGACAAGCGCAUACCUGAAGCACAUGCACAGAAGAAGUACCUCGAAUUGAGGGUUGACCCUUCGGCUUUUGCUACAAAUACACAGUUGUCUUCUUCUUUGAGCAAGAUCAACGAUUGGAUCUCAGUCCUUGGUGAGGUUGCAGCGUUGACCAGCAACGAAGAUCGAGCCUCUAUCUCAUCUGCGUCACUGAAACACACCACUUCUCGUCCGUCUUUGCAUGUUUCCCCCGAACAGACAGCAAAGAUUGAAGCCGGUAUCCGACAGAACGACACGGGAUAUCUUGAACAACUGAUCAAGGGAUUCCGGACUAAGCCGGAGUCCGACAUCUCAGAGCAUUCCAUCCAACAAUUCCUGAAACUGUUACUUCAGCGAGCCAUAUCCGCUCGAAGCCGUGUUUCAACUGCUCUUCUCUUACGGGAAAUCGUUUUCUUGGACGAUGCGGAUGAUAUCAAUGGUCGGAAUGCAAUUCAUCGUUUGGUUGUGUCAAUAGGUCGAAAGCAGUCGAACAUUGACCAAGAACCAAGCCUUCAACUUCUUCCCAACGCUGAGACGGAGCUGACCAACUUUAUCGUCCCUGCUACACCUCCCGUGGUGCCUUUCAAACGAUCCGUCCCUCAUGAAAACCAGAGAGCUCAAAUCUUGACUCGAGAUGACGAGUCGAUUUCGUUCCUUGCCUUCGUUCUAAAUAGUCUUCAGACCUCGCAGCGGGCGGGACUGAUGGCAAGAGACGGCUCCGGCCGCACGCCACUUCACUAUGCUGCUGAAUAUGGCAUCCGAGUUAUGUGCGAGGUUAUCAUUGAGCGCCUCAAAUACUGGAAACUUUUCAAUGUUGACGGCGGCAUUGACGGCCCACUCUGGCAGGAUAACGACGGCUGGGCACCCUUACACCUGAGUGUGAUCGGUGGCCACCCUCUUACAACUCAAGCACUGCUUGAUGCAGAGCAAGCCAUGGCCCCUGAAUUCUCAAGGUCUACCGUACGUCGAAACUCUCCAAAGUCUUCAGCUGUCCUAGCUCUGGCUGUAAAGGCGAAUUUCAUCGACAUCGUGGGACUCCUUGUGAAGGCAGGUGUCGACAUCAAUUAUCAAGACGAGCACGGCGACUCAGCUCUCCAUUUGGCAGCCAGAUUCGGCCAUGUUGAAUGUGCAAAGAUCUUGCUUGCCGGCAGCGACAUUCAAAAGGCAAACACGGAAUUGUGUGAAAAGACCUACAGUUGGACACCAUUAUUCAUCGCCUGUGUUGAUGGACAUUUGCCGGUCGUCGAAGUUCUGAUUGAAGCUUCGGCCGACUUGGAAAGACUUGAUUCUUCGGGUUGGACAGCAAAGGAGCAUGCAGCAUUGCGUGGGCAUGUCAAUAUCGCAAAAUUGCUCUGCGAUGUCCUUCAUGAGCCUGAGCAGGAUCCCGAUUCAAUCACAUCAACUUCUCCACCAGUCUCUUCGUCACUCUCUGAGAGGAAAUCAAACGACAUUGCAACGCCUACAUCGGCAGUAAAAAUGAGCGAACCAGUCAAGAGUUUCGGUCAUCGAUACCUCACAGAUAAGAGCAUGAUACUUGUCAGUCUUGGUACUAUGGACACCCGCAAGUCCAUUCGUCCCGUUAAUCUCGAUCGAAUACCUCUGGCUAAUGCGCAUUCGACCCAACUGGACACUGCCCUCUCAAUUGUGGUUUCUGCAAAAUCAGCUGAAGGCGAGGCUGAAGUCAUUGACUUGCCGGUGCAAGACAAUCUCUCCACGGAGCCAAUAGUCUUCCACGCUGCAGAUCCGUCAAAAGUCAAAUUAUUCUUUGACCUGAUUCCAACCUAUUCCGGAUCGAAGGAGCGUGUCGUUGGCCGCGGCGUCGCACUCCUGUCUACGAUCAAGCCUAAUAUUGGCACCAAGCGAAUGCUCCUACAAGGUGAUGUGACAAUACCAAUUGUCGCCGCGAAUGACCUUGAGGUUAUCGGCUCAGUGACCUUCAACUUCUUGGUGAUUACACCAUUCCAUCAUCCCAACAUGUCCAUUACAGAAAAUCAGACGUAUUGGAAGAGUAUGACGUCGACCAUGGUCAUUGGCCAUCGUGGACUGGGCAAGAAUUUGGCAGCUGGUCGUCGCUCUCUCCAGUUGGGUGAAAACACCAUCCAGUCCUUCAUUGCAGCAGCCAAUCUAGGUGCUUCAUACGUUGAAUUCGAUGUACAGCUUACCAAGGAUCAUGUUCCGGUCAUCUACCAUGAUUUCUUGGUCAGUGAAACAGGUGUCGACGCUCCAGUGCAUACUCUGACCCUAGAACAAUUCCUCCAUGUCAACGAAAUGAGAACACCACGCCACUCAAGGCCGGCAUCCCCUGUGCUCUUCGAGAAUCCAAAGGUUAGUACCCUCAAGGGCGGUGAUCCGCGGGCUUCCAGACUGCGAUCUAUGUCUGUGGGUGGUGGAGAUAACAAUGAGCCACUCGAGAUGCAAGAACGGAUGAAGCAUACCCGGGACUUCAAGAAGAAAGGAUUUAAAGGAAACAGCCGUGGAAAUCACAUCCAAGCACCAUUUGCCACCUUGGAAGAAAUGUUCCGCAAAGUCCCCUCCAACGUGGGCUUUAACAUCGAGAUGAAAUAUCCUAUGCUGUCGGAAAGUGAAGACGAAGAAAUGGACACUUAUGCUGUUGAACUCAAUUCUUUUGUCGACACGGUCUUGACCAAGGUCUACGACUUGGGUAAAGGAAGGAACAUCAUCUUCUCAUCCUUCAAUCCGGAUAUCUGCCUGUUGCUAUCUUUCAAACAACCAAGUAUUCCCGUCUUAUUCCUCACUGAUGCUGGGACGUCUCCUGUUGGGGAUGUUCGGGCCACGAGUCUACAAGAGGCUAUUCGCUUUGCGAGUCGUUGGAAUCUUCUAGGUAUUGUCAGCGCUGCCGACCCGCUGGUCUGUGCUCCGCGACUAGUUCGCGUGGUCAAAGAGAGUGGUCUGGUCUGUGUCAGUUACGGAGCGCUCAACAAUGAUUCAUCCAAGGUCAAGUUGCAAGUGAAACAGGGAAUUGAUGCAGUCAUUGUCGACUCGGUCCUCGCCAUCCGACGAGGUCUAACCGGUUCGAAAGCCGGCUCCGCGAAGGAAACCGCCGCUGGCACUGCAGGCAAGAGUUACUUGAGCUCCGCGGUCGACAACACCCGUUCCAGUGCCUCCCUGGCAGAGAGAUUGUCCGGAAGCACCGAGAGUCUCGAGAUCCCGGCCGCCCUACCAAAGACAACAAUGGAGCCCGAUGAGAUCGCCGCGGGUGACGGUGUCGGCAGCGUCAUCUCCGAGUCUGAGAGUCUGAGUGCCACAAGCACAGGUGAUUCUGAGGUAAGGGUUGAAGAUGGUGGUGUGACUACCGCUACUCCAUCAGCAGCGUUGUCGGUGCCUGGUCUCACCAAGGAGGCGAGAGUCGAGGUCAAGAAGACCCCGCCAAGGCAGAUCAAUCGUGCAGCUUGA